GCUCCGCCCCCUCCUCCUUGCUCGCUCUCUCCCAUCCCCCCAGCCCAGUCGCUCUGCUGCGCAGCUUCCUUAGCGGUUGCCGUCGUCGGAAACGGUUGGGAAAACCGUUGUGCGGAGCUUUUCGCGAGGCGAACGGCUUCUCCCUCCGCACGACCAGAGCCCGCGAGCACCGGAGGCAGCAUUGCUCUCGCCCGUCAGGCAUUUAAAUCAAACGGUAUUGAGAUGGAUUGGGUUAUGAAACAUAAUGGUCCAAAUGACGCUAGUGAUGGGACAGUACGACUUCGUGGAUUGCCAUUUGGUUGCAGCAAAGAGGAAAUAGUUCAGUUCUUUCAAGGGUUGGAAAUCGUGCCAAAUGGGAUAACAUUGACGAUGGACUACCAGGGGCGAAGCACAGGGGAGGCCUUCGUGCAGUUUGCUUCAAAGGAGAUAGCAGAAAAUGCUCUGGGGAAACACAAGGAAAGAAUAGGGCACAGGUAUAUUGAGAUCUUCAGAAGUAGCAGGAGUGAAAUCAAAGGAUUUUAUGAUCCACCAAGAAGAUUGCUGGGACAACGGCCGGGACCAUAUGAUAGACCAAUAGGAGGAAGAGGGGGUUAUUAUGGAGCUGGGCGUGGAAGUAUGUAUGACAGAAUGCGCCGAGGAGGUGAUGGAUAUGAUGGUGGUUAUGGAGGUUUUGAUGACUAUGGUGGCUAUAAUAACUACGGCUACGGAAAUGAUGGCUUUGAUGACAGAAUGAGAGAUGGGAGAGGUAUGGGAGGACAUGGCUAUGGUGGCGCUGGUGAUGCGAGUUCAGGUUUUCACGGUGGUCACUUCGUACAUAUGAGAGGGUUGCCUUUUCGAGCAACUGAAAAUGACAUUGCUAAUUUCUUUUCACCACUAAAUCCAAUAAGAGUUCAUAUUGAUAUUGGAGCAGAUGGAAGAGCAACAGGAGAAGCAGAUGUAGAGUUUGUGACACAUGAAGAUGCAGUAGCUGCCAUGUCUAAAGAUAAAAAUAACAUGCAACAUCGAUACAUUGAACUCUUCUUAAAUUCCACUCCCGGAGGUGGCUCUGGAAUGGGAGGUUCUGGCAUGGGAGGCUACGGCAGAGAUGGAAUGGAUAAUCAGGGAGGAUAUGGAUCUGUUGGAAGGAUGGGAAUGGGGAACAAUUACAGCGGAGGAUAUGGUACUCCUGAUGGCUUGGGUGGCUAUGGUAAGUAUCUCUGGUAUGUAUUAACCCAGCCCCCACAUGCAGUACCCAUAAUUUUGAGUGCAGACAUUAUUUUGAGUAUUUUGUGUAUGGGUGUCUCCUGUUCAGCAACUCCUGUCUCUUCAGGCCGUGGUGGUGGAGGGAGUGGCGGCUACUAUGGGCAAGGUGGCAUGAGUGGAGGCGGAUGGCGUGGGAUGUACUGAACGUGACACCAACACAGAAGUCCUAACAGCAGCAUCUGGUCUACUAGACUUUCUUACAGAUUUGAUUUCUUUUGUAUUUUAAGAACUUUAUAAUGACUGAAGGAAUGUGUUUUCAAAUAUUAUUUGGUAAAGCAACAGAUUGUGAUGGGAAAAUCUGUUUUCUGUAGGUUUUAUUUGUUGCAUACUUUGACUUAAAAAUAAAUUUUUAUAUUCGAACCACUGAUGUUGAUACUUUUUAUAUAUACUAGUUACUCUUAAGAUGUGCUGCCUUCAUAAGAUUUGGGUUGAUGUAUUUUACUGUUAGCUGUACAAACAGUGUAGCGUAAUAUUAGGAGGGUAAUGGUUCACUUCUACAUAACUGCAAGUCUUAAUAAGCAGACAUCUGAACUAGAGCUUGAAUAACUGGGUGUGACUUUUUUUCUUUACUUUCUUCUGGUCAGCACUGUAAUUAUAAAGCCUAAAGAUGAGUUUAGGUGGCUUCAGGAGUAUAAAUUCCGCUAAUUCUAUAUUCUUUUUCAGAUGUCAUUAUCAGGCGCAGUUCUGAAAUGUUGAUGGAGUAAGAGUUACCUGGAUUUCUGAAUGUUCAUAAUUGUGUUACCUAGGGAAGGGAGUGUUGAAAGUUUAAAUGCUAGCCCUAGAUUUUAGAAUAAAAUCCCCUCAGCACUUGGCCGAAGUACCAAAAAUGUUUCCCAAAAGUGAGAGUUGUAAGUUAUUUCAAGAUGUCUUAGAGUAGGUUAAGUUUCUCAAUGACGUGAGAAUUGAGGUAUUCACUGUGGAGUAUAAUUCUCACAGAUGUACUUUCAGUUUCUUGCCCAGUCGAGUAUAUGGUUUUAAAAUAUCUGUAUAAGUGACUACAUCAAAACAAUGUAAGACACAAAUCUGUGUUACAUAAAAAUCCUGCAGUUGGAUUUUGCAUCUGGUACCAGCUUGACGUUUUAGUUAAAAAUACCAUAUGUAGCAAGGAAAAGGUGCUUUUUAAUUUUACAACUUGGAUCAGUAUGGCUUUUCUUUUCCAAAUUGGCUAAUGGAUCAAAAUGAAACCUGUCAAUGUGAAAUCAUUUAUUGAACUUACUUGUUUUGCUAGAAAUGUUAUGUAAUAAAUGUCAAUGUGGGAGAUAAUGGUAUGGCGUCUGUCCUAGAAUGCUUCGUGUUGGUUACUGAUGAUAAACUGGAUUUGCAGAAAGUCCUAAACAUACCCAAAUUAAAGAACAUUUAGAUAAAGGUUACCAAGUUUCUGUUAUUAGAAAGUUGUAUAGCCCAUGAAUCUGGCACUUGCUGGCUCUCGGCAGGGUUCUUCUUGGCGGAGGGGCUUUGAAUGCUCUACUACUUAGCCACACCCCAGCCCAGUUUUUUUGUUAG